AUGUCUGGGAGCUCUUCUUCGGCUGCUGCUGCAACAAGUGUUAUGGCUCAUCCUUCUCCUGCUACAAAGUAUGAAGUGUUUUUGAGCUUUAGAGGGGUGGACACUCAUUACAACAUAGACAGAGGUAAUAAGAUCUCAGAUGAGCUCUACACAGGGAUUGAAGAGUCCAUGAUUUAUGUCAUCAUUUUCUCUCAAAACUAUGCUUCUUCGGCGUGGUGUCUGAAGGAACUUGUGAAGAUCUGGGAAUGCAAGGAGAAAUAUGGAAGGCAUGUGAUACCGGUUUUCUACAAGGUGGAACCAGCAACUAUUAAGUAUCAACAGGGGAGUUAUGAAAAAGCUUUCGCUGACCAUAUCAAUCAAAAGCGGUUUGACGAGGAAGAAAUAAAGAGUUGGAAAGUUGCUCUAAACAAUGCAGCUGGACUCAAAGGCAACAGUGUAGAUGACACCAGACCAGAAAUCAAGGUUGUUGAUGGUAUUGUGGAAGAUAUUGUAAAAAAAUUAAAUCGUUCUUUCUCAAGUACUGAUGAUCAAGGAAUGGUUGGAAUCGACAAACAUAUUGCACAGAUGGAGUCCUUGUUGCAACUUGAGACAGAAGGUGUUCGGAUCAUAGGAAUCUAG